UCCAAUGAUAUCUUCAGAACACCACAAGAACUCGUGAACUUAAAACUUUCUCAUUCUUCAGUUCCAAAAAGGAGAAUUAUGCAUUCUGCUAAUGUAUCUCUGUACACUUUCAACCCUUCAUUAAUAACCAGAAAUGCAAUCCAAAGAAAAUCAAGCAUCCAUGUCUGGACUCCAAGGAACUGGAAGUCCUAUUACAGCUCUAAUAUUGCUUGCAAAGCUUCCAAGUGCACUUCAUAUUCCUCAGUUACAGACUUGGACCUCUAUGAGCUUCUGGGAAUUGAGAGCUCUUGUGAUCAAGCACAGAUAAAACUUGCAUAUAGGGCACUGCAGAAGAGAUGCCACCCUGAUAUUGCUGGUCCAUCAGGACAUGAUAUAGCUAUUAUACUCAAUGAAGCAUAUGCUGUUCUUUCUGAUCCAAGCUCACGAAUGGCAUAUGAUAAGGAACAAGAAAAAUUUGCAGAUUUACGAGGUUAUACUGGCAAACCACUAUAUUCCGUCUGGUUAGGCCCAGAAAACGAGAAGAGGGCAGUAUUUGUGGAUGAAGUCAAGUGCGUAGGUUGCUUAAAGUGUGCCUUAUUUGCUGAAAAAACAUUUGCUGUUGAAUCAGUUUAUGGAAGAGCAAGGGUUGUUGCCCAAUGGGCAGAUCCUGAAGACAAAAUUCAAGCAGCCAUACAAACAUGUCCAGUUGAUUGCAUCUCGACAGUGGAAAGGUCCAAUUUGGCAGCCUUGGAAUUCCUGAUGUCUAAGAAACCACGUGGGAAAGUUAGAAUUGGUUUUGGCAAUACAGUUGGUGCUUGUGCAUCUAAUAUCUUCGAUGAUCUGGAAAAGUUCCAAGCUAGAUAUGACAUGACUUCUUCAAAAACCUCCAAGGAAUCAGAUAUUCAGAGGGAUGCAAGGGCUUCAGCUAUUCAAGCAAUCAGAACGUUAUCCAAUUGGUUAUACUGGCAAGCACCCGCUUGUGGACAAGCUACAGUACAACGCUAUCAUUUUACUCCAUUUGGAAAGAAGUCCACCGAACCCAACAUUGAAAAGCUUAGGGAUGUUGCAGCGGCUAGAAAGCAAGCAAGAGAGACACAACAACACUUUUUAGGAGUCUCAUCAAAUUAUACAAAUGACGCUGAGUAUUGGGCUCCAUCAAAGCUUGUGCUUCCAGAGUCAAACAGGAACAAUUCUGACUGCAGAGUUCCAUCAUCAGAAUCCCCUUCAAUCAAGGAAAAGGAGCAGUUUGAACAGGAUUUUUCAGAUCAAAAGAAAAUUAGUGAAAGCCAUCCUCUCUUGUCGUCUGUUCCAAUUGUGUUAGCCACUGCAGCAGCUGCCAUAGUUCGGUCACAGCUAAGCGAAGGGAUAUCUGGUGGAUUGAAAGAGCAUAUAGCUGGUUCACUUGUGCGGGAUAUCGUGAAUAGCAACUGGUUACAGGUUAUCCUAGCUGGUGUUACUUGGUACCUAAUUGGCAUGUACAUAGUAGAAUUAGUAGAAGUUCUUCAGAACAAGUUGAAAAAUUAAACAAAAUAGGAAAGAAGUGUUAGUGUUAUAGCCUAAAUCUAAUCAAAAUCAGGGUCUUGCAUACAUUUUUGUAUAUACACAAUGUAUACAUGACAUUAUUUUUUAUUUAGUUCUUGUUUUAUAUA